CUGACCAUAAACUACAUCUCCCACAAUGCACGUCGAAGUAUUGCAAAAAGACUGCAGUGUUUAGCACCCCGCAUUUAACCAGCAACUUCCCGAUAAGUGAGAUGGAGAAAUACCAACAAUUAAUCCCAACAUGUCCAAGAAGAGAAAGGUUGAUGCAGAAGGAAGGCAAUUUAACGAAAGAAACAUUUAUAGAGCAGAGACCUGAAGUUCCCUGGACAAGCUGAGCAAAACUCUAGAAACAGUCUGCUUAAGAAGACACUGUAGGAACAGAAAACCACAGAGGAAACAACUUUCUCAGCGGAUCCAGCCUAUACUGGAAACACCGUUUGCCCCUUUUGGAGCCCUACGGACAGGAAGUGAAUUAUGCAGAGGAACGAGGCUGGUACCAGGCCACGCUACUGGCUGACUCUGGCCUCAGGGAUGCUGGAGUGUCUGUGCUUUGCCGGAGCAGUGUUUGGUUAUGCCUCUCUGGUGUUUGUGCUGAAGGACGAUGGAUAUUUCAGCCAGCUCUGUGUCAGCAUCCCAGGUACCAACGACACCCUGAACAGUACAGACUGUAGCAGACAGGAUGAGCAGUUCUCCCUGGUCUUCACCAUCGCCUCAUUCCUCAACAACUUCUCGACUAUAGUCAAUGGCUAUAUAUUUGAUCAGUUUGGCACCAUGGUGGCCAGGCUGCUGGGAAUAUCUCUGUAUACUACUGGAACCCUUCUUGUGGCCUUCUCUAGUGCAGCAUUGUCAGCGCUGCUCUUUCCUGCCUUGUCCUGCAUUGCUGUGGGAGGAAUUCUGCUCCUUCUAACUAACAUACAGGUGGGCAACCUGUUCACCACUCACCGCUCCACCGUCAUCACCGUCUACAAUGGGGCCUUUGACUCCUCCGCAGCUGUGUUUUUCAUCAUCAAGGUGCUAUAUGAACAGGGAGUCUCUCUCUGCUCCUCCUUUGUUUUUUUGUCAUUCUGUAGCAUCAUACAUGUUUUGAGAACCUUUCUGCUGAUGCCGAAGAGCCACAUCCCCUACCCUCUGCCUGAAAACUACACCUAUGGACUAACUUGUGGAAAGGCCAACACUUACAAUGUGAAGAAGUUUGAAAGCAUGAAGGACUGUGCAAUGACAGUUUUACAGGAGUCGAGUGGGAUGGAUAACACAGCACCAGCACCUGAGGAAAGUACAAAGGCCCAAGACUCAGGAGUGGCGAGUUUCCGGAGCUGCGUGCUGUCCUGGCUCUUCCUGUGGCACCUGCUGUGGCUGUCCAUAAUACAGCUGAGACACUACCUCUUUAUCGGAACGCUCAACCCCAUGCUCAACCGGCUGGCCAACAAUGACCCCAACCAGGUUAGUCAGUACACCAAUGCAUUUGCCAUUACCCAGCUGUGUGGAGUGCUCUGUGCACCCUGGAAUGGACUCAUCAUGGACAGACACAGGGGAAAACCUCUGUCUCCUGGAGAAUCAGAGCGGGAGGCAGACCUGCGCUCCUCCUGUCUGUCUCUGUUCCUGACCUCCCUGCAGUGCCUGCUCUUCUCUGUGUGUGCUUCUGUUCCUCUCCUGCCGCUGCAGUACCUCACAUUUAUUCUGCAAGUUCUCAAUCGCUCCUUCCUUUACGGCGGAAACGCAGCCUUCCUCAGCAUUGCUUUUCCAGCCUGUCACUUUGGGAAGCUCUACGGCCUGGUGAUGUCUGUGUCUGGUGUCAUCUCUCUGCUGCAGUACCCUUUCUUCACCCUGGUCAGAGGAGCUCUGGGCGGAGACCCUUUGUUUGUGAACAUUGCUCUGAUCCUCCUCACUCUGCAGGCGUUUAUCCAUCCUGUCUACGUCUUCAUCCACUGCAGGAAACUAGCCCGCCACAGGGAAGACGCUGCCCAGAAUAAAGCCACCUAUGGCUCCACACUGGAUGAAACCAAAUUAUAGAGGGAUAAUAAAACAAAUGUUUGUCAUUGUCUAGAUCUUUUACUUUUCAGGUUCUGUAUGCUUCUGUUAAUUUUUA